AUGGGUUUAUGUUCUUCAUCUUAACAGAAAUAGCCAAGACCAUUAAUUAGAUUGGUGAAAGUUGAGAUAGACAGCAAGAACGAUGAUUAUUAGUAAACUUUAGAUCUUUGGAGAACCAUUGAUAAUUAAAUACUCUAGUUAAACAAUAGUCACUAAAUUUCACCAAAGUUAUUAAGUUAAAUUGAAUAGAUUAACACUUUUUUAAUAUUAAACUAAGGACAGAACUUAAAAAAAAACUUAUAGACCUUUUUUAAACUAUUUGAUGAUUUUUAAAUUUCAUUUACAUAGGAAAUAAUGUAAAAUGAAUCAAUUUGGGUAAAUCAUUCAUAAAUAUUCAAAAAUCUUGAUUUAUUAUGUGAAAAUUUUGCCGAUAUUGGUUUUUGUUCAAAAGUUUAAACUUAGUCCUUAACUAAAUAUUGA